AUGGCUCCGUCGCACUAUGAUACGACUGACACGGAUGACUGCGAGAGCGACCAUUACAAGUCUGACGAGGUGAAGAACGUGGAAGCAGAGAACGACCGACUCCACCGCGAGAUACAAGCGCUGCGCCAGCGCAACAGGGCGCUUGAGACUUUAUUACCCAGGGGUUUUACGGCACUUGUGCAAAAUGUGGAAGAUCAGCAGGCGUCUUCCAAUAGUACCGAGUCUGACCGAAUCCAAUACAUAGUCGAGAGACUGGUAGCUCAUCUCGACCCGGUGCCGUUUGUACCGCCCAAGUCUCAUCAGAUCUGCAAGAGGUACCAAGGCCCGCCUAGGAUCAAAGCGUUCAAGAAGUGGGCUACGCCGCAGCGACUCUGGAUCGUCAAUGAUUACAUGGUCUUCCGACGUGGAUCACGCGGCCUAGUCUAUCUCCCUAUGUGUAUUCCUACAGUCGAUGGAGAGGUCGAACCGUAUCAGCCGGAGACAGCGCCCUUCGUUCCUGGCGAUACUAGAGAGAUUGUCACGUCGGCAUACGGUGGAUGGUAUUAUCGUGGAACUUACGAGAUCAUAUCCGAAGACAUACUCCCUGCGAGAGAUGCGUCGAAGAUCAGGCCCCCUCAUACGUCCGAUAUGGCCAAGAACAUCGCGCUGAAUCUGAUGCCCAGGGCGCUGCGUAGUCACCUACUCUGGAUGUUGAAACACGGUAUCACGCAUGUUCGCGCUAUUGCGGUGAGGAUGGUAGGCCAUAACGAGGAGUUUACGAAGUUCGGGCAGGGCGCUGGCAAGCCGUUAUUGGAAGUCAAGAAGGAGAGCUUGAAGAAGCAGGAGAAGGUGCAGCGUUUGCUCAAGGCCAAUAAGGGGCUGUCCAAGGCGUCGCGGAAAGCAAUCCGGAAGAAGUGUGCGAAGGUUGUCGUCAAGAAGCAGGAGAGUGAUUCGGACUGA